CACGAGCUGUUUGCUCAAGUCUCCGUUCCUAUGACCCCUAGAUGCGGAUGGUCGACGGUGGGGGGGCUUCUCUGAUCGAGCGGUGCCUUGCGUAUCAACCUGCGCGCUCACAGUCUCGUUUUUGCCAUCGGAUCAUCAUGCUAUGCAUAGCCCUUUUGGUAAGGCCUCUCUGGUACGUGGUUCUCGUAAUUAUCAUAGAAAGAACUUGGAGAUAUUAGCACACUCCAGAAAUUCCUGCUUCUCCAACCCUUCACCCACAUCGUUAGCAUCACAUUUGCUGUUGGGAUAAGUCGCUG